GGUUCUCCAGCUGUCUCUACAGCUAUCCUCUAUGGAAAUUCCGAAUUCACCCUUGAAAUUCAUCAUCCCUAGCCACACAAAACAAUUGAACGGAUUUAUAUAUCAUGUUGGUCUUUCUUAACCACCACAUAAAACCUCAAACGAGAAAGAAAGAACCGAAUCUCUCUUCCAAGGAAGGAGACGACCAGAUUGAGGAAAUGAAAGGCUUUGCGCCUCUAGCUCCCAUUGCCAAGAGAUUGCAGGGCAAGGUUGCGGUGAUCACGGGCGGCGCCACCGGCCUAGGCGCGUCCGCCGCCCGCCUCUUCGCCCGCCACGGCGCCAAGGUCGUGAUCGCCGACAUCCAACCCGAACCGGGUCGGUUACUAUCCGAGGAAAUCAACUCAUCAGCCGCCGCCUCUUACGUCCACUGUGACGUCACCGUCGACGCGGACGUCCGAAACGCGGUCGACGCCGCCGUUUCGACCCACGGCAGGCUCGACGUCAUGCUGAGCAACGCAGGCGUGAUAGCCAGGCCGGACACCAUGGCCAUCGCGUCCACCGACCCGGACGACUUCAGGCGCGUGUUCGACGUGAACGUGUACGGCGCGUUCCUCGCGGCGAAGCACGCGGCGAGGGUGAUGAUCCCGGAGGGGAAGGGGAGCAUCCUGAUGAGCGGGAGCAUGGUGACGGCGAGCUACGGGGCGGCGCCGCACCUGUACGUGGCGACGAAGCACGCGGUGGUGGGGCUGGCGAAGAAUCUGUGCGUGGAGCUGGGGGGAUACGGGAUUCGGGUGAACAGCAUCUCGCCGUACGGGGUGGCGACGCCGAUGGGGGUGGAGUCGAGCGGGCUGGACGAGGAGACGUACGAGGGGUUGUUCACGGCGAUGGCGAAUCUGAAAGGGGUGGUGUUCAAGGCGGAGGAUGUGGCGGAGGCGGCGUUGACGCUGGUGAGUGACGAGUCGAGGUAUAUUAGCGGGGUGAAUCUCUUGGUCGACGGCGGGCACUCCUUGAAAUCUGCUUGA